UAAACACAAGAAAACCCAACAUCCAGUUUGCAUUAAUGCAAGCCUAAAUUGGUGAAUGUUUUAUUCUUUUAAAUUAUUAUUUUUUAAAACCCUUACCUCCUGUCUUGGAGUCAAUACUGUCUAUUGGUUCCAACACAGAAGAGUGGUAAGGGCUAGGCAAUGGGGGUCAAGUGACUUGCCCAGGGUCACACAGCAAGGAAGUGUCUGAGGCCAGAUUUGAACCUAGGACCUCCUGUCUCUAGGCCUGACUCUCAAUCCACUGAGCUACCCAGCUGCCCCGUGAAUGUUUUAAAAGAAGCUAAAUCCCUAUACAUUAUACAUAAUAAAUAAAGAUGAAAUUAUUAUAUUUGAAUUCAAUUCAACAAACACUGAGUGCUCCUUGUAUUCAAGGGGCUGAGUUAGGCACUGGGGUUACUUAUACACACACACCUACCUGAUAAGUGUUUAAAUUCUAGUGUGGAGGGGAAGCAGGAGCUUUUGGAAUUUAACAUGUAUACAAUUAAGUAAUUAUAAAAUAAUUCUAGGAGGUAGAAAGCUGAGGCAGGAAAUUCUUGUAUAGGAGGUAGUAAGUGUUUAAGGCAAACCUUGAAAAGUGUUAGAGAUUCUAAAGAGGAAGAGGUGUGGUGGGAGUACAUUCUAGUCAUAGGACCACCUUUCUCGAGGGAUGGAGCCAAGAGGUUGAAUGUUAUGUUUCAAGAACAUCUAAUAUGCUAGUUUGACUAAAAUAGUGAGUGGUUAGGAGUGCAAUGUUAAAUAAGACUAGAAAGGUAGUUAGGAGCCAAAUUGUGAAGGAAUUUAAAAGCCAAGCUGAGGAUUUUAUAUUUCAUCCUAGAGGAAUUACAACUAAGCAAAUUCAGGUAUAGUAACAAAAUUGGGAUUAUAUACUGUAUAAAAGUCUAUUAAAUUAUUUACUUGAAAUUUUUAUCUUGCAAAAAUCUUGAAUGCUGGGCAGAUGAUUAUAAAAUUUAAAUCUGUGUACUCCGAUUAACAAAGUAUUUUUUGUACUUGUCAUAUAAGAAGUGAAAACCAGAAGGCCGGUAUUUUAUGUAGAUCUUUGUAGCUUUAGAUAUAGUAAUUUUUGUUUAAAUUGUUUUUUAAAAGUUUAUGACCAUAACCCCUGGAACUUAGUGGAAUUGAUUUAAGUUUUGUAAAUAAUGUGCUCAAGAUUGUUUUAAAAUUAUUCCUAUAACAUGAUUCCUUAUAGGAUUUAGAUGGGCUGCUGUCAGGCUUGGAUUAGUAAACAGCUCCAAAACUGCUGGAUGGAUUAGUAUCAUUGCUUCUAGAGCUUUAUCAAUGCCAGUUCUUGACAUGAUCCUUUUUUUAAAAUUAUUGAAUGUUAUUUAUUUAUGGAUACCCUGCAUUUCCUCAUGCCAUUGCCUUUUAACUUAAAAAAAAAUAUAAGACAACUAAAACAUGCAUGUAACACUAAAAUAACUACAUGAAGGUUAUAUGUCUUCUAUUUUAUCUUAAAACAGCUGAAGUGUAAACCACUGGCUAUUCAUUUAUUUUAAUCAUGAAUGAAUUAAAGAGCACUUAUUAAUUGCGUACUAUCUAACAAACAAUAUAAUUGCUAAUCAUUUAAAAAAGAUGUUCUCAGUAGAUAGAGAAUAGGGACAGAAGGCCCUGGGUUCAAAUGUGAUCUCAGACACUUCCUAACUAUGUGACCCUGGGCAAAACACUUAACCCCCAUUGCCUAGUCUUUACUGCUCUUAUUCCUUGGAACCUAUUCUUUAGUUUUGCUUCUAAAACAGAAGGUAAGAGUUAAAAAAAGUUGUUGGCUUUUCAGUAAUGAAUAUGUUGUGUUCUUUAUCAGAACCUGUAUAGAUAUUUGGAGUUGGAAGGAAAAAGAAUUUAACAAAUAAGUUUUCUUAAUAAUGCAUUAGUAAACAAAAAAUAUGAAGAGCUAAUAUAUUCUUAGAUUAAUUAGAUCACUAGCAUCAUAGAUUUAGAGCCAGAAGAACAGAUAGCAGAAGCUUUCUAACCCAACAAAUAACUCCAAACUAUGCUAGAUGUGAGGAAUUAUCUCAUCUCAGGUCCUCAUUUUACAUAUGAGGAAAGAGAGGCACAGAGAGGCUAAGCAAUUUGCUCAAAUCAAACAUAUUAGUUAGCAACAGAGCCAGGACUAAACCUGGUUUUCUAGCUUGAAGUCCAAUGCCUGACUGGCUUCCUAUUAUAGAAUGUGGUAUUUUUAAAUAAAACAAAACAAACAACAAAAGAGUUCAUCUAGUGCACGACAACCUAAAACCUAUGCUGAGAAAAAUGGGACUUUUACAUACUCCCAAAUUUUUGUUUGUGCCGUCUUCCCUUGUCCUCUCUAGUCCACUGUCAGUAAUUAGAUCUAGUGUACCUAUGAUGGUCCAGGUCCUUCCUGACAGCCCUUAGGAAUGUGAGCUAGAAAAUAGAAAUUCAAACUAAAAUUGUUAAUGUCUUAACUAAGAUAUGUAUUUUAAAAGGGGAUGCUCUCAUGCUUCAAUGCAUAAUCUAAAGAAAUUAAGGUAGUCUUGGAGGAGAGGAGUUUAAGGUUUUUGAGUAUGACCUUUCCUGUACCUAUUCACCUUAAUCAUAAUGUCCACCAUCAGGCAUUCAGUCAGUAAGCACUUAUUAAAUGAAUAAAAUGUGCCAGGUACUGUGAGAGGACCUGAAAAUAUAAAGACAGAGGAGCCUUAUAGCCAUAUAUAUAUUGUGUACAAUAGUAAAUCUGCUUUAUCAUUCAUCUGCCCAUCUGCCCUAUCAUUCAUCUGCUAAUCUGUAAAGCUGAUCUAUGCCUUAUCAAGCCCCCAUUUUUUUUGAAAAUAGAGGAUUAUUAAAUAUAUUGGAUAUCUUUCUUGGACAAAUGCAUCAAGAGGUUUAUUAAAUGGUGAGAAGGAAGUACAUUGUAUGCCUUGGGUGCUUCAUAAAUGUUUGUUGAAUUGACUGACAUUUAAUUUUAUGCCAACAGUAUCCUAAAAUCUGCCUUUCUGUCUUGCCAGAUUUAAUUCCUAUUUGCUUUGAUUUACAUUUACUAGAGAGAGAAAUUUAACUCAAAAUUUCCAUUGCUUCUUCACUUUCUUUUUAAUUGCUAUAAUCAUCAUUAUAUAAAAGGGCACUUUUUUCAUCUGUUUUCUUCAGUUUUUAUUUAAUGCACAUGUUCUAUGGAACAUCUUUCUGGGACUUGAUGUUUUCAGAUCAAGAAAACACUUAAUUCCCAAUACUUAUAAACUUAAAAUUUUCAUUUGCACAUUGUUCUGGAUAAAUAGAAUACACCUGUUUUUCCUUUAAUAAAUUUGUGAUUCAGCUCUUAGUCCUUUUUGUUCUUGUUUGUAUAUAUUGGAUUUUAUUGUUUACUCUGCCCUUGAUAUUAAUCAGAUAUAUUCUAGUGAAUUCACUUGGCAUAAAGGUUACUAUCUCCAUCAGAGUAUAUCACAUUUCAAAGGAAUCUUCUGUCUUCAUUUUUUCUAGGCAACAAAAUAUCCCAAUAUCAAACUGCUCUAAAUUGUCCCUACAUUUGUAUUACAAUAAAAUUUUUCACAGAAGUUUUAGAAAACAUCAAGUACAAGUAUAGAGAAAUGUAAAACAUUUCAAUUUUGCUUUCAGUAUUUAAAAUUUUGUCCUUAACUUAGAAAAUUAGUGACUUGCCCAUGGUCCCACAAGAAGUGUCUGGCAUGGGUAGGACCUAGUCCAGCCUAACUCUGACUAGCCCUCCUUUUACUCUGCUAUAUGUAUUUCCUUUAGGAAUCUAACCUAUAAUCUCAAGUUUAUAAGGAACCUUUAGUGUCAGAUAGUUCAUCCUUCUUCUGUCCAAAAUAAGAACCCUAAAACUGCCUCGAAAAGAUGAGAAUCCACCUCAUUUUUAAAACUCUUUAGAAAUUAACAUAGUCCAUGUUGUCUUUGUAAUUUAUUUUAAUGCUUGAUAGUCCUAAUAGGAAAUUCUUCCUACUGUAGAAGUAGCUAAUUUCUGUUUCUAACCUCUGAGGAGAUAAAGAAUAUAUCGCCCUUUUCCAUGUAUGAUGAAGGUAUUGUCAAAAUGAACUCUGAAGUCUCUUCUAGCUAUGAAAUUCUUUGAUUAUAUGAUUUAGCAAUCCCUAAUGUGCUUGAUGAUAUGUCAUCCUGUAGCCUUAUCUUCAUUUUGAUUAGGCUAUUUCACUUCACUUGGCCCUAAUAGAGAGAUGAAUUGAAGUAAAUAAGAAGAUAUCUUUGUACUGUGUAGGGAUACCUGAGAGAAAUUAAGCUUCAUAAACUGUGAUUAUUUUUAGAACAAAUUGGCCAUGGCAUGGUUAAUUAGUAGCUGAUCUUUUUUAGUGUGUCCUUUCUUGUAUCAAUAGCAGAUAUGCUUAAAAUGAUUUAAACCACUUGUUGGGCAAUCAGAAUAGGAUAAUAAAAUGGCAAAAAUGUUAAAUUGGUCUGUUUUUCAAUUGUACUGAGCCAGCUGGUAUCUAUACAAACAUGGUGACAUGCAGGCUUGCCUAAAAUACCCACCUAAUGAAGGAAUUGGACUGGAUUUUUCCUAAGCAAGUUUGACUUUUUUUUUUACCCUUUAUUGCUUAGAGUUCUCCAGUAUAUGUUUCCCCUCAAAUAUAAUUUAUAAACUGUUAUUGGAAAGUAUUUAGAAUUCUUGAUAAUGGGGAAACUGUGUGAAUUCAGUUUUGAAGUAUGCAUAGAGAAGAUGAGCAUGUGUGGAAUAUUUUGAAUUAGGGUUAGAAUCCAUCCUACCUUUCAAAAGAGUUGUUAGCAGAACAUGAAGGGAUUCAUGUCUCCCGGUUUUCUUUCCUUCCUUUUUUUUUUAGACAGAGUUCAAUUAUAUAUUUAUCACUUAAAAUUUGUAUUCAAUCUUUAUAUUAAUUAUUAUAUAGUUCUUAAGGCAAAAUAAAAAGAUAGCUUCUAAUGUUGGACAAAGGAAGUGAGAAAAUCUUUAGAUUUCAAAUGAUAUAAUAUUGCAAGACUAGCUCAAUAAACAAUGUUAAAAUAUUCUUUUUUCAAGUUUUGAAAAAUAUAUCCUAAUAUAUGAAGAAAUUAUGUGUUUCUUUGUAACCAGAAUUGUAUAGCGGUAGUGUUACCUUGUAUGACUACAUCAGUUGUUCUGUGAUCCCAUAAAUGUUGGUACUUACACUUUUGAUGCCAAUUUCACCUCAUCCAUGUCUUCUAUUCUUGUCCAAUUGUUAUUCAUGUUUUUCCAUAGUUUACCACAGAGAAGCCACUCAAUGUAUUAGAAACCUUCUUUUAGGUCUUUUUAUAUUUUGUAUAUUUUUCAUUUACAUUUUAUAUUCAGAUUCAUUUUGGCAGCCUUCUGGUUGGUUGUCCCUUGGUCUCAUGAAUUUGACUGGCCUACAUGUUAUGUCUCUAAUGCUGUUACUUUCACAUAGACCAUCAUUGGAUAUUGUGUGUGUGUAUGUAUAAAAUGAUAUCAAAUGUCUUUCCUUAAUGAUGUAUAAAGCUUGUUAAGGCCAGUCUCUUUUGAAUAUUCCUAGAACUCAUUGAGGUGGAUGGACUCAUAAUGUUCUAAGACCAUGGAUAAGAAAACCUGGAGGACAUUUUGAAUAACUUGUCUAAUGUGUGUGUAUAUAUAGAUGUAUACACACACACACACAUAUAUACUUAUAUUAAAUUCAUUAAGUAUAUAUAGAGCAUCAUUUUAGGACCUAGAUGAGAAAGAAAGUUUGUGUAUAACAAAGCCCAUAGGUAUUCUUUUUGUGUGUGUCAAAUGUUAAAACAUUUGUUGGUGAAUUUGUAGAGGAGAUUCCUGUAAAAAAUACAUAUUGGACUAGAUCAGUGGUGCCAAACUCAAAUAGAAAUGGGGGUAUGCAUAGAGACCCCAAUGGGGUGCAUAUUGACUCAGUUUAAAAAUGUUAUUUUUUUUUUAUUUUGUCAAGUAUUUCCCAAUUGCAUUUUAACCUGGUUCAGGCUAUGCUCAAGAGUGUUGUGGGGCUUCUAUGGGAGCAUGCUCGAUACUUGUGGACUAGAUGAUUUUUGAGGUCUUUCCCAACCAUGAGAUUCUCUAAUACUUGAUAGAUACUGGAGAUACUUGAAGAUAAGUCAUCCAGUUUGAGUUAAAAAGAAAUACUUGUUGAAUUGAAUUAUUAUUAUAUGUCAAGAUAUUGCCAAUAAGUUCUAUGAUGUUGUUACUUAAUGGAGUUUUGAGUUUUUGAUAGUGAUCAUUUAGUCAUGCUGUUUCACAUGGUCCCCAUUGUGACGAGUGGCAUGUAUGUAUAAAAGAAGUAGCUGAGAUUAGGGUGUAGUUAUACUAUCGGAUUUAGAGAUAUGAGAAAAUCUUUAUAGAUGCCAGGGAAGGAAUAAGCUUUGAUACCUUCUCUCCUAGUUUUAAGAGAUUUACCUAAAACAAUGGUGUCAAAAUCAAAUUGAUGCUGGACCAAUGGUAGUCAUAUGUAAAGAUCCCUGCAGGCUACUUGUUGAUUUAGAAACCACAUAUUAACAUUGUCUAUGUUCUAUUGUAUUUUUAUUUAUUUAUUCAUCCAUUUAUUUAUUUAUUCAUUCAUUCAUGUAUUUAUUUAUUACUUAUUCCCAAUUACAAUUUAAUCUAUUUCCUCUCCCCUUCCCCUAGGCAAAAGGAUUGUGGCUGAAUGGCCUUUGUGUUUGACACUUCUGGCCUAGAGCACUAAGAGGUUUAAGUGACUUGCCCAGAUGUGUUACAAGUAAGACUUGAUCCUAACCAAGUCUUCUUGUUUUAGAGACCAGUUUUCUAUCCACCAAAUGGAUGGUCACUUCUCAUUAUUAUUUUUUAAUAAAUGAGUGACUAAAUUAAGUGACAUGAUAAAAAUAGGUUCUUUUGCCUACUUGUUUUUUUUUAAUGAAUUUUAGGGUUUUUUUUUUUGUUUUCUUUUAAAUCAAUGUGUUCAAUAGUAUAUCAGAUAAUGUGGAGUAAUAUUCUAUUCUGAAAGAGUAAAUUUUGGGGGAGAUAGGUACUUUUGUUAAUAUGAAAAUGUCUAGAAAGUGAUUUUAGCAGGUUGGUUUGAUCAAGUGACUCCUAGACAUCAUUUAUACAUUUUAUUUUCAUUUUAGGCAAUAAUGAAACAUGCUCGGUUUUAAUUCCUUUUAACUAUGUCUUACAAUACUAUUAGACAUUUAAUAAUCCAGAUUAUAAGCAACAUUUGGGAGCCAUGUAAUUAUUUGACAAAAGGUUCACCCUUUGUGGACUAGCCAGUUUAAUAAACUGACUAUAACAGUAGGUAAUUAAUGUAUAUUUUAUAUAUUGACAUUCCAUUUGGUGACUGGUUGUCUACCCAACCCACAAAAAUGCAAGUUCAAACAGUAUAGGAUGGGGUUGGCAGAGGGUGUGGUUUUAGGGUUCUAGGACAAAAUAGAAUUCUAUAUUUGAGUUGGUAGGAACUUUAUACAUACUGCUUUUGUUUGGAGGAUAAGGCAGUGUUUCAUCUGGCCAUUGUAGCUUUAAGGAAUAAUCACAGAAUUUUAGAGCUAUAAAGUAUCUUAGAGAUAAUCUAGACUUAACCCCAUGCCCUAUUUUUUGAACUGAUGAAUUAAAAUAUGGAUGAGGAUAUGGGUGUUGUCCAUAUCAAUCUAAUACAGUGUACUAAGAAUUUUAAAGUCUCUAUGUGCAAAGAGCAUUAAUUAAUUUUUUUAAAUUAGAGCAUUUAUUAAGCACUUACCAUAUAUAUGCAGAGAGGCAGUGUGGUUUAGUGGAUGACUAGAGAGCUGGUCUAAAAACAAGAAUGAGCUAGGUUUAGGUCUCAUGUCUGACAUAUACUGGCUAUGUGAUCCUAGGCAAGUCACUCAUUGUCCCAGGCAACUUUGUAAGACUUGAAAUUACAAAGAAGCUUUGGUAGAGGCUCUGUUCUCACUUGAGACUUCCCUAUACUAAUGACAUUACAUUUCUAGUCCCUAUAGUUCCUGUGUGCAAAGCAUUGUGCUAGGGCAGCAAUUCUCAAAAUGUGAUCCAGUAACAGAUGAAAGGAUGUCCUUUCCAGGGGGUUUAUAAAGUCAAUUUUUUUCAGAAUAAUACUAAGACAUCUUAAUUUCAAAUAUGGUAAACAUUGAUAGCUAUAACUCACCUUUUUGAAAAAUGCUUUUUGUGGGGCUCAGUCAUUUUUAAGAAGAAAGGAGUCUGGCAAUCCAGAAGUUUGAGAAGUCUUUACUAGGGAAUACUAAGGAAAAAACAAAAAAACAGUCCUUGGCCUUAUGGAACAUAGGACAUGUGCUAGAACCAGCAUUAUUAACCCUUUCUGUUUAUCAGUCUUCCUAAAGUCCCCUCCUCAGAAUCCUGUUCCAUUGCCUAUAAUUGUGAUGGGAGGAAAUGGCAAAUUAAUGAUUAGUGAAAGUAAAUAUAUCAUUUUUUUCUCCAUCCAACUUCAUGGACUCCUGGUAAACAAACAAAAAAAAAUUCCUCUACUAGAGAAAUUUAGCCUGUAAGCAUGUAAAUAUGUACAUGAUAAUUGGAGGAAGAAGAAGAGAGCUUAAACAAUCCUGGGGCUUAAGAAAGGUCUCCUAGAAGGGAUGACUUGUCAACUGAGUUUACCAACAAGCCUGAGGUUCUGAGAGAGGAAAGUAAGGAAUGAGGGGAUUGGAGGCACAGGGGACAGCUUGUUCAUAGGCAUAGAGUUAGAAGUGAAUACAGACUGCCAGUCUGAUUGGCUUGAAGAAUGUAUGGAGGGAAGUAAUGUGACAUCAGUCAGGUAAUGUAGGCAGGAGCCAGAGUAUAAAGGAUUAUUUUUUUGAAAAUUUUAUUGAAUUAGUUGAUUUAGAAUAUUUUCCCAUGAGAUUCAUGUUCUUUCCCUCCCCUCCCCAAACCCCUCCUGUAGCUGGCCCUCAAUUCCAUUGGGUUUAACAUGUGUCAUUGAUCAAGACCUAUUUCCAUAUUAGUAAUAUUUGCAUUAGGGUGAUCAUUUAGAGUCUAUAUCCCCAAUCCUAUCCCCAUUGACCCAUGUGAUCAAGCUUGUUUUUCUUCUGUGUUUCUAUUCCCUUGGUUCUUCCUCUGAAUGUGGAUAGCAUUCUUUCUCAUAAGUCCUUCCGAAUAAUUCUGGAUCAUGGUAUUGCUACUAGUAGACAAGUCCAUUACAUUUGAUUGUACCACAGUUAUAAAGGAUUUUCAAUACCAAGCUGAGGAGCAUAUAUUUUAUCCCAGAAGCAAUAGGAAGCACCUGAAAGUGUUUUAAAGAACAGUAAUGUGAUCAGACUUAAGCUCUAGGGAGAUUAUUUGGGCAACUUUUUGAAGGAUGGAUAAGGGAGGAAAGAGCUCAAAAGAUGGGAAUCCAAUGAGGAGACAAUCUUAGUAGUCCAGGCAAGAGGUCAUGAUAAGAGCUGGAUUGAGGAAGGGGGCCAUGUGAGUGGACAGAAGGAUAUGAAUGCAAAAGAUGUCCCAGAAGUAAAAUUGAUAAGACUUAACAGGCAGAUCUAAAGAUGUAGGCGUCAUCUGCAUAAAGAUAUAAAGAUAAUAAGAGAGGGAGUGUAGAGAGGGGAAGAGAAGAAGGAGCAGGGCAGUCCCUCCACAAAAGAUGAUCUAGCCAAGGAGGAUGAGAAGAACUAAAUAAAUAGGAACAAAGAGAGAAAAAACAGACAAUUAGGAAAACUGGGAGAGACUUGUGUCUUUUUUUUUAAUGUUUUUUAAAAUUAAUUAAUUUAGAAUAUUUUUCCAUGGUUACAUGAUUCAUGUUCUUUCCCUCCUCUCCCCCAACCCCCUCCUGCAGCUGGCCUGCAGUUCCACUGGGUUUAACAUGUGUCCUUGAUCAAGACCUAUUUCCAUAUUAUUAAUAUUUGUACGAGGGUAAUCGUUUAGAGUCUACAUCUCCAAUCAUAUCCUCAUCAAACCAUGUGAUCAAGCAGUUGUUUUUCUUCUGUGUUUCUGCUCCCACAGUUCUUUCUCUGGAUGUGGAUAGUGUUCUUUCUCAUAAGUCCCUCAGAAUUGUCCUGGAUCAUUGCAUUGCUGCUAGUAGAAAAGUCCAUUACAUUCGAUUGUACCACAUCAGUCUCUAUGUACAGUGUUUUCCUGGUUCUGCUCCUCUCACUCUGCAUCAAUUCCUGGAGGUCGUUCCAGUUCACAUGGAAUUCCUCCACUUUAUUAUUCCUUUGAGCACAAUAGUAUUCCAUCACCAACAUAUACCACAAUUUGUUCAGCCAUUCCCCAAUUGAAGGGCAUCACCUCAUUUUCCAAUUUUUUUUUUGCCACCACAAAGUGCAGCUAUAUUUUUGAACAAGUCUUUUUCCUUAUGAUCUCUUUGGGGUAUAAGCCCAGCAGUGGUAUGGCUGGAUCAAAGGGCAGGCAGUCUUUUAAAGCUCUUUGGGCAUGAGAGUUGUGUCUUGAAAAACUAGAAAAGAGGGAGGAUAUUAGUAAUGUCAAAUGCAAUAAGAAUUCAAGAAGGAUCAGAAAUAAGAAUAGGCCAUGAAAUUUAUGGUCAGGUAGGCAUUUAGUAUCAGAAUUAGUACUAGAUCUUAUGACUUCCAUUAUAGUGGUCUUUAUUAUUUCAUGGCAUAUUCAUAUAUUGUGAUAGGAAAUAAUUUAAUAAUAUUUAUAACUGUAUAGGACUCCUAAUUAAUUGGGCUUUAUUGCCCUACUGGUAUCUCAGUUAAUUCAACCUACCACAUUCUUAGUCCUGGCUCAGAAUUGUGUAUUUUUUUCCAGCAAGCUCCUGCUAGGACUAAGAAAGUACCACUUAUUGUGCUUGGCAUCCAGUAAUGUGUGCAGAUAUGGGAGAAGUGUGGAGAUGCUCUGCAUUUUUCAUUAAGUCAAAAUAUAUUUAUUUUCUUCUUUUAAAUACAGAUAUGCUCUAUAGAAAGGUGAAGAUUGUUCAUGUCUUUUGGCAUUUUGUUUGACCUCUAACAAAAGUCAAAUGGUGUCUUCUUGUUGUCCUUAAGAGUUAUGCCCUUUUAAAUAAAAAAAAAUGACAUGUAGGCAUCUGAUGUGAACCAGUCUGGCAAACUGUAGGGACCUUAUAUUUUAUUAAUUGGCAUCUUUAUUAUUAUAUUUGAGCAAAAUUUUAGAGAAACCAUAGGCCAUCAGGAGGGAAAAGGGAAAAAAAAAACCCAAACAGGAUUGCCAGGGAGAGUACAGCAAAGUUGAUGUGAUGUAUGGUAGGAGCUUGGGCAUCUGAAAUGUAUCUUGGAAGGGCCUUUCUCUGGGCCCCAAGGCAGAAAAGGAUUUAACCAUAUUACUUUUAAUGCUUUAUCGAAUCUGUCCUCCUCUUAAGUAACCACUCUUUAAAAAAAUUUUUUAACAACCAUUUUUUUAAACCCUUACUUUCUGAAUUAGAGUGAAUACUGUGUAUUGGUUCCAAAGUAGAAGAGCUGUAAGGGCUAGGCAAUGGGGGUUGAGUGACUUGCCUAGGGUCACAUAGCUAGGAAGUAUCUAAGGAAAAAUCAAUUUUAAUAAUCAUUUAAAAUUUUAUUUUUUAAAGACUGGGUCUUCUAUUUCACUUAGGCUUGGAAAUUCAGAGGCUGCUCACCAGUCCAAUCCCAUUCUGAUUGGCAUAGAUGCUUUGACCUGUCUCUUUUCCUACCAGGGCAAGUUGCCCAUUCCAGGGCAGGCUGAUGGCCUACCAUUCCAGGCUUGCUUGCCACUCUUUAAGUAAAAAGAAAAAAACCUCUAGUAUACUGCCACCUCCAGAAACUUGUAAAAAUGAGGUUUAGUUAGACCCUGAAACCUUCUCAAAAUACUUUCUGGAUGUUCCAUAUAGUUUAGCCAAGUACCCUUUGUGUGUUUCAGUGUAACAUCCAGAAAAACAAAUAAAAUACUAUUAGCUAGCAUAAGGCAUAAUUAAUACAUGUAAAGAAAUUUGCAUAUCAACUCCUUCUUUUGCCCAAUUAAACAAAAGUUCAUUUUAAAAAGAAGGAACAAUAAUAAAGAUUUUUUAUUGUUAUGGAAAAGCAUAAUUCAUUUUUCAAAGCCUCAUAAACAAUAACAUCUGUGUGAAAAUGAAACAUUUUCCAUAUGAAAUAAAUAUACAGUUUUUAUAUUUAAUUGUGUUGAUACCUUUUAAAGUUUUUAAAUACAAGAUUUAAAUAUGGCUGAUAGACUUGUAUUUUUAGUGAAAAUAUGAUUCAUGUGUACAUAUAUACAUGUAUGUAUAUUUCCCUUUCCUACCUUUUAGAAAAAGUUGACUCCCAUUGUCCAUAGAAAACAGAAUAAAUUGCUUUUUUGAAGUCACAUGACAAUAAUUGAAAAAGAAUAAUAGGUCAGAUGGAAAUCUAUCAUGGAUGGUGGGUCAAAUGACCUGAAUAUAGGUAACUGAAAGUGGGGUGCAUAGAAAGACCCUGAAGGUUGGGGAAGCAGGUUGCUAUUGAAUCUUCUUGGGUGCCUAUGGUCCCAUAGGUACCCAUUUAUCAGUGUGGGGAUAUAGGCACCUGUCUUUGGUGGAGGGGAGGCUUAUACCAACAGUAUUUUAGUCCUAGUAUGUAGCACUGUCUGGAAAACCAGAAGGAGGGGACAAACUGAAGAAAACACUUUCUGUUUUGCUUUUAUUUUCUUCGGAAGCAUUGAUUAUGCUGAUUUCCCCCUUCUGGUUAAAAAUAAAGGCGGUGGGGGAGGGCGCAAGGGGCGUGCCUUAGUUGCAGACCUUUAUUCUAAAUAACCUUGUUUUACUUGGGAUUGGUAGAUUUCUUUACUUGUGGGAUUUAUUUCUGUCCUUGUAACACUAUGUACUUUAUGCAUUGCACCUGUUCAAGCAUAAGCACAGAGCAUUAUUUUCAGUGUAGAAAGAGAGAGACGCUUUGAUUGAGGACCCAGAACUGGAAUAUUAGCUACCUAAGAAAAUGUAAUUAGAUUUUUACUUAUAAUUUUAUCCGUGGUCUUGGUUUACCUCAUCAUAUUUUUUUCUUUGUUGUUUUGCUUUAUAGGAGAGAUAAGUCUUGCUAUUGUAUGGAGAAUGUUUCUUCUGUAGCUUCCUUUAAGAAUGCUCUGACUUUAAAAUCAUUACUGGGCUUUUCUCAAAGCAGAUUUGUUGCCAUUCUCUCACAUUUUUUAUGCUGUAUGAUUACAAGUCAAAUUGCCUAUGCAUUUACCAUUUCUUGCUAAUAUUCAAAAAUGUAUUUAUGGUAAUUACAUGUACUGGAUGCCAGGGCUGAAAACAAUGCAUUCUUCAUCAUGGAGCAUAAAUAAAAAAGGUGGAGCCAGCUGCUGUUAAACUGUUUAUUUGCAAGCAAUAAUGAUAUAGAGAAUAUACCUUUUUACUCUGUUAGUCUGGCAGUACUGAACCUGUUGCUGCAUCAGACGAGUUGCAUUUUGCUAGAUAGGGGAAGGAGGGCUGUCUGCUGUCUGGUAGGAGGGCUUUGUCUGCCUUUCUCUCUGUUUCUCUCUCUCCCUCUCUCUUUCUGUUUCUCUCUCUCUCUCUCUGCCUCUCUCUGUGUUUCUCUCUCUUUCUGUUUUUCUCUCUGUCUCUCCUUUCACUCGCUUGCUGUCUCUGUGUCUCCCUCCCUCUUCCCCCUCCCUCUCUUGCUCUCUCUCUCCCUUCCCGUCUCUGUGGUUUGUAAGGUAGGUUGCAGUGUGUGUAUAUACACAACAUCAAGAGCAGGAAAAUGGACUCAUUAGGGAGGCAGGCAGUCAUUACCACUCACACUGUACUUCCAGGGAGACACCGAUUAUGAGAAGAGAAACUCAGUGCUGGGGAACAAGAUUCACGGAAAAAAUUGUUAAUUGUUCUUCACUGCGUCAGACUUUGGAGAGUGAAGGGAGACUGAAUUAUCUGUUCCUUUGGGGAGUGUGACUGUCAAAGAAAGAAGGCAGCUUAGAAGACUGCCUGAAGUUACAUUUGGAGGCUGAAAUCACUGCACCUUAAAAACAAAAAAGAUUGAGCUUUACUGCAUUCCUAUGCUUCGAGAAUAUUAGCUGGUUCUUCUUCACAUCAUCACUCUUUGCAGAGGCUGGCAUUUUUCCCCCACGUUGCGAGAGAAAGAGAAUUGGCUGGAAUGAAACCUUGCUUUCCAUAUGGUCAACUUGAAAUGCAGCAUUGAAAAGCUCAACUAUCAGUCCCUGGUCUUUCCCUGAAUGGUCUCAUCUCCUCCUCUUCUGCCUGAAACCUUCUUCAUGUUUACCUACGCCAAAGGUCCUCUUCCCACAUUUCAAAAUGACCAAUAUGUCCCCAUACCAACUCAACCCCUCAUUGAGGUGACUUCCGUACAGAUGCAGCCGCUUUCUUUUCCCUGCCCCAAUGAACAUCUGCACUAGGCCCCAGCCUUGGAGUGAUUUACCUGAAGAGUAACACCAUUUAUCUGAAAACUACUGAAGAAACCCAAGACAGCUGAAAACCAGAAGGCAUCUGAGGAGAAUGAGAUUACUCAGCCGAGUGGAUGCAGCGCCAAGCCAGGCCUUCCCUGCCUGAACUUUGAAGCUGUUCCGUCUCCAGACUCAGCCCUCAUCCACUCAACACAUUCACUGACAAACUCACACGCUCACACCGGGUCAUCUGAUUGUGACAUCAGUUGCAAGGGGAUGACCGAGCGCAUUCACAGCAUCAACCUUCACAACUUCAGCAAUUCCGUGCUCGAGACCCUCAACGAGCAGCGCAACCGUGGCCACUUCUGUGACGUGACGGUCCGCAUCCACGGGAGCAUGCUGCGUGCCCACCGUUGCGUGCUGGCCGCCGGCAGCCCCUUCUUCCAGGACAAGCUGCUGCUGGGCUACAGCGACAUUGAGAUCCCCUCCGUGGUGUCGGUCCAGUCCGUGCAAAAGCUCAUUGACUUCAUGUACAGCGGGGUGCUGCGGGUCUCGCAGUCCGAAGCCCUGCAGAUCCUCACGGCGGCCAGCAUCCUCCAGAUCAAGACGGUGAUCGAUGAGUGCACGCGGAUCGUGUCCCAGAACGUGGGCGACGUCUACCCCGUGAUCCAGGACUCGGGCCAAGACACCCCCCGGGGGACCCCCGAGUCGGGCACCUCGGGCCAGAGCAGCGACACCGAGUCUGGCUACCUGCAGAGUCAUUCCCAGCACAGCGUGGACAGGAUCUACUCGGCCCUCUAUGCCUGCUCCAUGCAGAAUGGCAGCGGCGAGCGCUCCUUCUACAGCGGCGCCGUGGUCAGCCACCACGAGACAGCCCUGGGGCUGCCCCGAGACCACCACAUGGAGGACCCCAGCUGGAUCACCCGCAUCCACGAGCGCUCGCAGCAGAUGGAGCGCUACCUUUCCACCACUCCAGAGACCACCCACUGCCGAAAGCAGCCGCGUCCCGUGCGCAUCCAGACGCUGGUGGGGAACAUCCACAUCAAACAAGAGAUGGAGGACGACUACGACUACUACGGCCAGCAGCGGGUGCAGAUCCUGCAGCACAACGAGUCCGAGGAGUGCACGGAAGACACGGAUCAGGCGGAGGGCACCGAGAGCGAGCCCAAGGGAGAGAGCUUCGACUCGGGGGUCAGCUCCUCCAUCGGCACGGAGCCCGACUCCGUGGAGCAGCAGUUCAUGGCCGGCCUCGGCCGGGAGGGCCCGCCGGAGCCUUCUCAGACGGAGCCCACGGACGUCCCCGCAGAAGGUGGCCAGCCGCAGCCGCCGCCGCCGCCGCAGCCCGAUGCCAACUCCUCUUCUCCCGAGAGGAGCAAUGAGGUGGAGAUGGACAGCGCCGUGCUCACUGUCAGCAACAGCACCGAGAAAGUUCUGCAGCCGUCGGUCAACACGUCGAUCGCCCAGCCAUUGCCAAGUACCCAGCUCUAUCUCCGCCAGACAGAAACGCUCACCAGCAACCUGAGGAUGCCCCUGACCCUGACCAGCAACACACAGGUCAUUGGCACAGCCGGCAACACCUACCUGCCAGCCCUCUUCACCACGCAGACGGCCGGCAGCGGCCCCAAGCCUUUCCUCUUCAGCCUGCCCCAGCCCUUAGCAGGCCAGCAGACCCAGUUUGUGACAGUGUCCCAGCCCGGCCUGUCCACUUUCACUGCCCAGCUGCCAGCCCCACAGCCCCUGGCCCCAUCCGCAGGCCACAGCACAGCCGGUGGGCAGGGGGAAAAAAAGCCUUAUGAGUGCACUCUCUGCAACAAGACUUUCACCGCCAAACAGAACUACGUUAAGCACAUGUUCGUACACACAGGUGAGAAGCCCCACCAAUGCAGCAUCUGUUGGCGCUCCUUCUCCUUAAAGGAUUACCUUAUCAAGCACAUGGUGACCCACACAGGCGUGAGGGCCUACCAGUGCAGUAUCUGCAACAAGCGCUUCACCCAGAAGAGCUCCCUCAACGUCCACAUGCGGCUCCACCGAGGGGAGAAGUCCUACGAGUGCUAUAUCUGCAAGAAGAAAUUCUCCCACAAGACCCUGCUAGAGCGCCACGUGGCCCUGCACAGUGCCAGUAAUGGCACCCCACCCACUGGCACGGGUCCUGGUGCCAGAGCUGGCCCCACCGGAGUGGUGGCUUGCACGGAGGGGACCACUUACGUCUGCUCCGUCUGCCCAGCUAAGUUUGACCAAAUCGAGCACUUCAACGACCACAUGAGGAUGCAUGUGUCUGAUGGAUAAGUAGUAUCUUUCUCUCUUUCUUACGAACAAAACAAAACAAAACAAAACAAAAAAAAAGCUAUGGCACUAGAAUUUAAGAAAUGUUUUGGUUUCAUUUUUACUUUUUUUGUUUUUGUUUUUGUUUUUGUUUCGUUUCAUUUUCUACUACAUGAAGAACUGUUUUUUGCCUGCUGGUACAUUACAUUUCCGGAGGCUGGGUGAAUAAUAGUUUUCCCAAUCUCCCUUGGAUGGUGGCCUUAAGGCCCGGUAGUGCUUCAGGAGGUCCACUGGUUGGAUCUCUAGCUACUGGCCUCUAAAUACAACCCUUCUUUACAAAAAAUUUUUUAAAAAAUUAAAAAAAAUUUUUUUUCACUUGUGAAGAGCACUACAAAAAAAAUAUAUAACAAAAUCUAAAAGGCCUACUGUCUUUAAGUACACCGCUUGCAGUGUUUCAGAGGACAUUUUCAUAAUUCUGGCCGUUUGGACUUCACAGUAUCCAGUUAAAACUGUGGAAUAUCACUUCUGGUUUUGAAACCCCAGAGAAAAGGCCCUGCUGGUUUCCACCCACCACAUUGUCUGCUUUCACAAAAGGGCUGUGGGGGCGGGAAGGGAGUGUGGGUUGGGUGGUGUGGGAAUCUCUGCAGGGUGGGAAAGGCUGAUUACAGGCUCUCCUCCUGGAUUCUACUCCAGUCCACGAUCCUUGGCCCUCCUCUCCAUCCCCCCUUCAGCAGAAGCCAGGAAGACUUGGACAGCCAACAAGCUACGGUGGCUAUCGUAUUUAUUCAGUGUCUUCGCUGAGCCAGGGCCUCAGCACAAUCAAAAGGGACUUUCAUGAAAGGCAGGAAUACAAAUAAAACAAAGAUAUCAGAGGUUUGCACCUAUGGUUCUAGGUACAAGAGAAGGAUUAUUUCCCACAAUCUUUGCAAAAAAAAAAAAAGUUGUGUCAGGAUAUAUUCUUUUGGAAGAAGAAAAGAAAGAAAUGGAGGGAGGGGGAAUAAUAACAGAGUUCUUGAGACUUUUUUAAUUCAGAAUUUUAUAGAGGGGCAAAAGUGACGUUUACCAGAUAGAAUGCUGAUUUUUUUAAUAUAUUUACAACAGUAUUUGUGUAAAAAAGAAAACAAAAAAAAGUGAGAUUGUUAAAAGUAAUUUGGGUUUUUUUUUUCCAUUUUGGUUUUGCAUACACUGCCACUAAUCCCUUCUCUUUUAUUUCUCAUAUUAUAUAUAUAAAUAUAUAUAUUUUAUUUUUUUUGUAAAUCAAGACUGUUAGAGUUAGUUAAACUGCUUCUGGAUAGGAAGGAAAAAAGGCAACUAAAGAUAUUUGAAAGAGAGUGAGGAAGGAUUUUUUUCAUCCUAAAAUUUUUUUUUCUUCAUUUUUAUUAUUUUAAAUAUUGCCUGGGUUGAAAAGGGCCCUCUGUGGCCAGCAGCCCCUGCUGUUAUUUGAACUGCUGCUUUAUAUGUUGAUAUGUAAUUCUCCUUUGACUUCUAGCAAGCUAAAGUUGCUCCACUGUUUUGUUUUGUUUUGUUUUCAAUUGUUCCAUCUAGGAUUCUUUUCCUUUUAGGAAAGGGAGUUAAUUCUUUCAGAAAGAUUUCUGUAAAAAGUUCAGAAAAACUCCUCCAAAAGUUCAUUGAGAUUUUGUCAUUCUAGGGUUCCUAGUCAUUUUUCUGCUUUUCUUUUAUUAGACUCAGAUGGUUUGGUUUGGAGGGCUUAACCAUUAGAAAAUUUCUCUUUUUGGUAGUUAUCUAGGAGUUCACAAAGGCUUCUCCUAUCUCAUCCCUUUUCCAGAGAUCUCACCCCAAUUGAGAGGUAGCUCAUGAAAGCAUCACUCGAAGAACCCUUUUCCACACCAACAAGUAUCAAUGCCAAAUUGACCUUUCUCUCCUCUAAAUGUUAUCCUUUCAUUAUUCCCACUAACCCAGGCUAUCAAACAAAAAAGACCACAAUCUGAAUGCUGUUGUCUUUCUUUACACCCUGCUCUAUUCGAGUAAUCCAGGAAGACUGUGGAGACUUCCUCCACUUUCUCCCGUCCAUGCUGAAUGAUUUCCGUUCACUUACACAGUACCAUAUGCCACUUUCUUAUUUCUAGCUAGGAUUUCUCUCCUCUCUGCUUACAGAAACUAUGUGGUAGAGGUUUCCUGUUUGUGAAUCAUCAUAGUGAAGGAAUUUCAAUUCAAAUAUAGUAAUCCUUAAAACAAACUGAAACUUUCAAGUGGUUCCAUUGCUAGGCAUGGUAGAGCAGUCCUAAGGAAAAGCAGGUCUUUAGGCAAAGCAGAAGCACCAAACCAAAUUAUGCAGAAACCGCCUUUAUAGAGCCUUAGAGUUUCAAGAUCCUUUGUAUUUCCAUUCAGCUUUUCUUUUGAGUUAGAUACUUUAUUUACAAAAAAUUCUGUGGCCUGCCUGAGAAAAUCUUCUGAAAGGCAACUCUAUAAUGACUAUAUUAAUUUUAUUUAUACAUUUUGGUACCCUGAAUGUUCCCCAAGGUGUUUCUUGGAGCAUCUGCAGUAUGAAUGACAUCAGUUCCAACUCUGUAGUCUUUAUGAAUUCAGUGAGCAGUUUGCUUAAAAGAAGACUGUAGACUUGGAUUCCCAUUGGUCCUUAUAAGUCUUCUCACAGGACCACUGUUAAGUACUUUCCACGUAAAAUUUCACUUUCUUUAAAUAAUAAUAGAAAACUGCCUUAGAAUUUGGCAGGAGGGAGAUGUCUCUAAUCAGUGAUGAAAAAUAAUGUAAUUAUUACCUAUGACCCUUGAAUAUUUUUUGCUUUCUGCCAAUAGAGGGUACAUAAACUAUGUCUCUGAAAUUAUGUUGAUAUUUCAAAGAAUCAUUUAGCCCAUGAAAUUAAAAGGAAGACUGGCAAAUUGAGAAAGUAUAAGCCCUAGAAGAGAAGGGGCCAUGAAGUUACUCAGCACAAGUUAUAAAUAAGAAUUUGCAACCAAAAAAAUCACUUGAAACAUUUUCAGAUAUUUCAUUUUAAACAUUUCAAUUUGAUGAUGGCCCAUUUAAAACAGAGCUUCCAGUCUUAAUCAAGUGAUGAAUAUAGAAAAAAAGUUCUCUCUGGUAGAGUUGAUUUAUGAAGUAGUUUCAGGCUAUGAUUUAACCCUCGGCUUCCCAAAUUUAAAGAAAGCCCAACUGACAAAACUAAUUUGCCAUACUAUAAGGCUAAGAAGAUCAUUCAAAAUGCACUUAGAGUUUCUGUGCAGGCCUGACACUCCAAGUGUUCCUCAUCUUUUUUUAAAAAAGGAAUAAACCAGAAGGUCCCGGACCUCAGAGUUCUUGGUGGGGUGACACCACAUAGGUCAUGGCCAUUCAAUGGAUCAGUUGGUAGGUAGGAGGCAGUGCACCCAUCUUUAUGCUCUGUCAAAUGGAGGUUCCUAGUCCAAAACUUUUCCUGCCCUACAAUAAUCAGUACCCUAUCCAUGGGGAAGAAGGGAAGUAAUAUUUGAAUAGCAAGUCUUUGUUUUUCAGGAGGAUAGAGGAUACUUCAGGUUGAGUAUCUUAUUGAACUAGCUUCUUAAGUAAACUGCCUUCCAAAUGGAUUCAGAUUAUUAAAAAAAAAAAACUGCAUCCAGUAUAAGAGGAUGAAAUUGUUUGUGGAUACAGGCAAUUCUGAACUUUUUAAAUAAUCCCCAAAUGGAGUGGGGAUGGGUAUUGGGGGAGGGAGAAUGGGAAUCUCUGUAUCAAGAGCAGAAACCUCAAGAGGAAAGGCCUUUGUAGAUUUUUAUUUUCAUUCCAAACAACUAACCCUCUUGUGCUUUAUGUCCAUCUGUGGUCUAUAAGAUGCUAUGAUCCUUUUUUAUCUCACAGUAAAAUUAAAAAAAAAAUUUUUACCUGGGACUAAAUCCCACAGAUUAAGGUUCCUUUUAAUUGGGUACAGAAAGUCAGAGCCUAUAUGAAAAGAAAAAGCACUCUCUUUCUCUUUUCUUUCUUUCUUUCUUUCUUUCUUUCUUUCUUUCUUUCUUUCUUUCUUUCUUUCUUUCUUUCUUUCUUUCUUUCUUUCUUUCUUUCUUUCUUUCUUUCUUUCCUUCCUUCCUUCCUUCCUUCCUUCCUUCCUUCCUUCCUUCCUUCCUUCCUUCCUUCCUUCCUUCCUUCCUUCCUUCCUUCCUUCCUUCCUUCUUAAUCUGACAACAGCUAAAUUCACUCAGCAAGAAAAAGUGAUAGAUGCAUUUUUUAAAGAUUAAAAUUUCCAAACCCAGCAAACUGAUCCAUCAAAUUAACACUGGAUCACUUCUUUUAUAAAUAAUUGCUAAUAUCUGGAUAAACACACCCCAAACAGUCCAAAAAUGUUUAGUCCAAGCAUAUGUAAAAAUAAUCUUUAGUAAGAAAGAGAACUUGAAACAGGAUUUGAUACAACUCUACAUAUAAGGAAGAAAUUAUGAAAUGAACCUAAAGACACCUUAAGUAGAAUCAAGUACCUUUUGAAAUGCCUGUCUACUCAUUUUUUUCCUGUUUAUUUUAACUAAAUUUGAAACUUUAAGCCCUACAAGUUCUACAUGCUUUUCCUUCUUCAACAUGGCCUCUUACGUGUAGAUACUUGCAUAUACCAAUAACCAACUACAUCAACACAACUGAAAGACCAUCUCUUCUCUCUCACCAUAUUAGCAUCACAGCAACUCUAUUUUAUAAAAUUUGGGACUUGAAUGAUUUGCAUAAUUCAAAAGUGACAGAUGUUUUAUUUCAGAUUGCCUCUAUGCUCUUUGAGAGCAAAGAACAAAUCCUUCCCUCGAUGUGGAAAUGUGGUAAUGGCCUAAAAAAUCUUUGAUAGCUCAUUCUUGAGUUUUACAUACUAAUGCCUCUAUCUAUUUGCACUACAAUCUGACAGGCCUCUUCUACCAAGUGCCCUCAGUCCCACUACCCCAUCCCACAAUCUGUGGUCUCCCUUCUCAGAGGAAAUGAAGGCUCCCUGACCCUUAACAAACUCCCUCAUUUUUCUGAGCAGCCAUGGAAAUGUCUUGUUGAAGGCUUCUUCAUGAUGUUUGGUACCUGCUUUAGGAAAGAAGAGUUCUCAGUCCAGGAUUUUGAUCUGUCUAGAAGAUCAUUGCCUGCUUAGGUCUUUCCCUUUCCUAUUUUAAAGAUUAUAAAGGAGAUGGAAUUCUGCAGAGAAGGUACUAAAUCACCCCUGCCAUCUAUGCCCAAAGUGCAAUAGCAACAAAAUGAUGUUGCUCCGUCUUUUUGUUCAGGAGUCCAGGUGGAACAUGGUGAAUUAGGGAGAUGUAGGAAGCCUACCUUCUGGUAGAAAUCUGGCUCAUAAGAGAAAUUUUGUAAUAGAUUUUUUUAAAGUUAACAAAAAGUUGGGAGAGGAGGUGUUGGAGGAGGGAUUAAAGAUGUUUCAAAAUGUAGGCAACAUCUAGAAAUAAUUCAGUUUUUUAUUCUGUAAAAUAUCAAAAAGAAAAGCUCUCCAUAGAAAGAACUGGAAAUUUUGGCAGAACGUCCUUAAAAAGAUCCCUUAACCUUUCCAGAUGUAGUGGGUUUUUAUUAGAUAAUUCCUGGCUCAGAAAAGCCACCUUACCCACCUGAAAAGAAUUUUACUUAAAGGAGAAGGAAGUAGGAGACAGGAAUAGACUUAGAAAAUACACAUUGGGUUGAAACACAACCAUUUACUUUUUUUAAAAAACAAAAGAAUUCAAAAGUAAAUCUAAUCUACAGAGCUCUGAACUGGUUCCAUGAAUUUACCAUAUCACAACAUAAAAUCUGAGAUGGCUAGACAUCUCUCUGGAAAUAGAGCCAUCUCCCUCUCCUUUCUUCAUUUUUUUUUUUAAGAAAAGGGCUGUUCUUUCCUGGUACUAAGGAAAACAGUUUUAUUGGUGCAAGCUUUCAAAAGCCAAUCUCCACUCUGGUGCUUAGGCAAGAAAGAGAUUAUAAUCUUGGCUGGGAAUAGCACUGCUCAAGAGAUCAGGGCAUGUUGAGAUUCCCAAGUGUAGACAGUUGCUGGUUCUGACAUUGCCUAUAUCUCCACAAAUAGAUAAAAGCUUUAGCAACUCAGAGUUUAUGUGAACACUAUCCAUAAACAUAAAAAAAUUUAAAAAAGAAAUGUGACCUACCCAAAGCACAGUUUCUAAUCACUGGAGGGCAAAAUGAGUUUGUUUGUUUUUUGGAUUUUAGAAGAAUUGUUUCAGUUUGGAAUUGACCGUCAUAUUCAUUUCCAGAAGUCAAAUUGUAUCUCUAUGCACUUCUGUGCAACAGCAGGUCCUAGAGCUUGGGUUUUUAGUGGGUUACUUUGUUUUUAUUCAUUUGUUAUGGUGGCAGGGCCAUUGCCAAUGGUUUCAUUAUGAAGGCUGUGCCUUCCUGAGUGUGAGAUCACUUCUUUAUUCAGAUGAAGGAAUAGCAUCACAGUGGGUUGAACUAAUAGAACGAUUGCCCUACUCAAUCAAGUGUUCUUCCACUCCAGCAGUUUCUUUAGUAUCUCAAAAGAUAGCUAUGUUGAUUCUGAAGUCCAAAUUGAAGUGAACUCGGUUUGAAUGUCUUCUCAAGAAACUGACACAGUAGAGGGUUGUUGCCUUAAACCAGAAAGUUUUGUGAUGGAAAACUGAAGUUAUGAUCGAAGUUGGGGAAGCGUGGGGUGAGGUCAAAGGAGUGAGGCAGCAUCUAUUUCUUUUUAAAUUGUUCAUUAUUACAAAAUAUCACUAUUCUGGAGAAUAAUGGGGCAGCCUGGAGGGUAAAGAAAUAGCCAAGAAGAAGCAAGAAACUCCCAAGGUUGUCAAGCCCACAGGAAGUAAUUGUAAUCAGUGGAGGUACUGGUUUGGGGCAGAGUUCAUCUCUCCUACAUUGGUGGUGAUAGCACAGAAUCAAGAUAAUAGUAAUUAGUGGUCUGAAUAUUGGCUCUUUGUAAGGACUAGAGAAAGAUCGAUCUGUCCUAAGUCAAUGGUAGUACGGGUUCAAGGUAAAAAAAGUCCUAGAAUUGGUUCAAUUAUGAUCUAUACAGCAAAAAUCAAGUAUGCCUCUCAAAAGCCAACUUUAGUCAUUAUUUCCUUUAAAAAGAAACAAUUCCCAACCAAAACCUGUCUCUUGCAGCAUACACUUUUGAACAUUACACCUCUCAUUUUUGUUACUCCCCAAAUCUUAGUCAGUGGCUCUAUUUUAAAAGCAAAAACCCACGGCUCUUAAAUCAGUAAUGGAAUGGCAUGAGCUGCAGGAGAUGCCCAUCUCUGGAGUAGAUCAUCUAUCAUCUUGGUGUCAAUUCAUCUCAGAGAGGUUGAGAAAAUGAGACCUAUAAAAUUUGUAAAGCUCUAAAGGCCUUUAAAAAGCACCUACCCCAACCCCAUCAUUUUAUAAGAAAACUGGGGCUUUUAGAGGGCAAAUGACUUGCCCAAGGUCACACAGCUUGUUCAUCUUCCUGACUCCCCAGUUCAUAUCUUUCUCUCCUCCUGUCGGAGUAAGAAUUCUUUAUUGGCCAAGAAAGUAAUUGCAUUUCAUGUGCAGAUUCUAAUUAAAAAAAAAAAUCACCCACUCCAAUAUGUCACAACUGCUGUUGAAGAAUGUUUAUAAUUAAGUGUACCUGGUACAUAUACCCUACCUUUGUAUGGUGCUUUUAGUAAUAAACUGUAUUAUACUUUGCUGUUCCUUAGUAACAACCAAACAUACUCUGAAAUCCCUAGGUAUGAGGCAAAGGUCUCACAGAUCUAAGAAUGCUUCUGCUCAUUUGCCUUAGCUAGCAGCCAUGGGACGUCCAAUGUCCCUCAUGAUGCUUUGUGGUACUUGGAAGAAGCCCAACCCAUGAAAGAGUCCAUUGUAGAGUCAUAUGUAUCUAGGCCAUGAGAAACUUGAAUGCUCUCGUGCGGAGUGCUCUGCAGGCACGUCCCUGAAAUCAUGCCUUCCCCCCAGGUCUUUCCCCCCUCCAUGGGCACGUGUGAGUGCACUUGUGUACACAUUUGGUGGCACGCCUAGACGCGCUUCAGAAGGGUCCCCGUGGCCCUUCAGGGGCUUCCGGCACGCUCCUGCUCACCAGCUUGUGAAGAGUUGUGCUCUCGUCCUUUCCAAGGAAGCAACAAUCACCUGCUUCUUCUGUUGGCUUCUGUAAAGCUGUGGGAGAUGGGAGAAACAAAGGCAGCUUGUUGGAGCCACAGAAAACCCACAGUAACAGGCUGUUUCCUUCAGGGGAAAAGUAGAACAGAAGUCUUCCGUUGGCAGACCAGCAAGGAGUGAGCAGCCCUAAAGCAGCACACCAUCUCUGCAAGAGCAGAAGGGAGCACCGGGCAGGGAAGGCUCCUGACACCCGAGCCCGAGCCACUCCUUGUCUAAAAUAGGCCCUGUCCCUUUCCCCUGUGAUGCCACACACACACACGCACAUGCACACACGCACGCACGCACAUAGACAUGCACACACACACACACGCACACACAUGCGCCCACACACACAUUAUGUUCCCAAACUUAAACCUACGGAUGCCUCCUGUAUCUGCAGUGAAUUGUAGUAAUCCAUAAGCUGUGUCUCCUGAAACCAGUGUGGCCUUUGCCAAAGUCUUUCCAGGAGUGAGUCGUUUACUGUGUCUAACAGACCGAUGGACUGUCAGGGAGAACAGUUUUAUCAUCCCCGAGAGGAGUGCGUGUGGAGAGCCCAUGCAUAUUUCAGUCUAAAUCAGGGCGCCAUCCUCGCUUCGUUAGCCUGUCCAGUCUUGGGGAGUUGACUUUGGAAGCAUGUGGCCCAGAAGCAGUAGGUACCAAUUUUCUCACUCCUGUGUUCUUCACUUACGAAAUAGUUUAUUUUUAUGACAUGUAGAUUAUUUUUGUUUUACAGAAUUGAGAGAGUGCUUUCUUUCCUCUUUUUUUGGGUGACUUUUCCCUUUUCUCAUUAAAUAAGACUCCAUAUGGUUGCAGCUUUUUGUUGUUGUUGUUGUUAAAAUGUAUAUUGUCUUUCUAUAUCCAGAAGUCUGUGACUGUAACCAUAGGUAUUUCUUUUUACUGGAAAAAAUAUAACAGAGUUUUUUUUAAUUAUUACUAACAGUACUAGUGAUUUUGUGGAAGAAGAUGAGUUACUAUUUAGCUAUGCUUACUUAAGUACAGUACACUACAUUGCAGUAUUUCUGAAACCUAGAACAUACACAUUAUAUAUAACAACUCUAUAUCAAAAUAUAUAUAUUACAGUAUAUUCAUUUUAACUUUUGAAUAUGCCUACGAUCAUGAGUUGAUAGACAAACACUUCUUUGCAUUUAUCAUUCAUCACCAACCUGCUGCAGUUAAUUUGGUGCAUUUAAUAAUUGUUACUGGCUCUAGUUUGGUUUUUUAUAUUAUUAUCAGCUUCAGUAUUGUCUAUACAGGUUUUUAGAAUUUUUUUAAGAUCAGAAUUUUAGCAAAACAUAGGAAAGUGAAUACUUUUUUUGGAAACAUAGUAUUAGGCUGUUACCGAAGGGGAUCAUGUUCAUGAAAGAUCCUGUUGAGAUGACCCUCUCAGUUUCUAAAGAACAAAAGAAGUGUGUGCGUGUGUGUGUGUGUGUGUGUUUGUAUGUGUGUAAAAUAUCUGUGAUAUCCCCUCUCUUUCAUAUCCAUUUAUUUUCCUUAAAAAUUCCAAUUGAGAAAUCAGUUACUUAUUACAUAAUCUGACCAGCAAGAACUGUUCCAUUAAAAGCUGUUUUCAAAAGGCCUCUGUUUUAUGAAAUAUAUGAAAGUCAAUUAUGUGCCUGGUUAUCCCAUUUAUAUUUGCAAAGAUUGAUGGUAAUAAUGGUUCUUUAAGGAGUUGCAUUUGCAGAGUGUUUCAAGUAAUUUUAAGUAACUCUUCUUCAAAAUCUCCCCGUGAGGUAGGUCAGCAAUCUGAAGUUCCAGUUUCCUGAAUAGAAUCCGAAGCAAAAGGUUUAAAUAACUUUUCCAAAUUAGUGGUGAGAUAGAAUUUGAGCUUGGUGCUCCAGUUAGGCUAAGACAGUUCUUUAGCCAAUGGAAUCUGUAAGAUGGCUCUUGGGACAUCUGGCCCACAAUUUCCCCUUUGCAUUUGGCAGAUGAGAUUUACCACCUUUCAUCCUGCACUACAGACUGCUAAAACUGGAAGGGGCCUUCAGAAAUCAUGUAGUCCAUGUUCCUGUCCAAACAGAGAGGAUUUGAUUAAAGAUUUUUACACCAAAAGGCCCCAGAUUCUUUCCCUCAGAAACCAAAUUGAAUGUCUAACAAUUUUAUGGUCAGAAAAGUUGUGUAUCUGUAUCAGAUCCCAACUGAUAUCAUUUAAUAUUAUUUUCUUGUGUUUUUUCAAUCAGUGGUAAUCAGAAUUAACUGAUUAUAUCUGUAAAAUUCCCUCCAUCUCCCCUCCUUCUGAAAAAAUAGUUUAUCCCAGUUCUUACUUCUUUUCAGACAGUUUUUAAUUUUCUAAUUUCACCUUGCUGGCUCUCCUCAAAGCCAUCUUCAUCCUUCUUCACCCCAUCUGAGUUUUGAAACUUUUGUGGGUAGGUGGUAAGUGCCAAGGACAGUGGAAGAAUUCUAAAUGUUUCUUUUUUUUCUUAUUGUUAUUUUAGAAUUGGUUUACAUUCCUAGAAUCUUCCUAAGGGGGAACAAAAUCCCAGUAGAGAUGAAGAAGUAUUAAACAAUCAGUAACCCUAAAUACUAUUUUCUCCAGCCCUAUUCAUUUUUGUACCAUCUUUAGCUUCAAUUAAACUAAAAGCAUGUUGAGGUGAGUGAGCUAUGGAAGCAGAUAAGCUUCAGUUUGGAGACAGAGUGAAUGCUAUCUUCAUUCCAUCUUUAGAUUUUAAUGUAUCAAUAUUCUUUUGAAGGUGGGGGGGUUUUGAUCACAUUUGAAAAUGUCAAAUGAACUGGCUUAGACCAUUCAUUCCUUUUCAUCCUCAUUCAUACUCAAAAGGGAAGGACAUUUUUUUCUUGAAAUAAAAUUCAGGUUCACUAGGUGACAAGAGACUCUUUCUAAAAGAGAAAAAUGAUUAGGUUUAUUAUGGUCAUAAUCAUUAUUGAAGAUUUCAGCUCCUGUUCUUUUUCCCUAACCAAAUGAAACCUUCCACAGAUAAUAGGUUUCCACAAGUUAAACUCCAUGAGGGUAAUAGAAGGAUUUGUAUUCCAAAAUGGUCUUGAUCAGUCUUAAGCCUCCCUAAGCCCUUUCUAAACAAGCCAUCAGUAAUCAAAUACAUUUUAGGAGGAUACAGCAACUCUUUCAUUUUACAAAAGGCUUGUUUUGAACAUUGGAGCAGUAAUUAACUGGCAAACAAAAAAGUUCUAGUAGCCUCCCAAAGUGCCUAAUUUACACCCAGACAUGAGCUUCAACACCAGCUCAAAAAUUGAUAGUCAUGAAAUUGUAAUUCUAUUACAAUUGUAAUUGUAAUUGAGGAGUCAUGUGAUCUACCACCUCCUUCAUAAUUGAACAUUAACUGGGCCAUUAUUACAGAGUUUGAUUAUCCAAGUAAAGCUCAUACCAGUAAUCCCCAUCUCUCUGAUCUACAUAGCCAUGAUGCCAAUUUAUAAUGAUAUUUUGCAUCUACAUAGCAUUUUACAGAUUUCAAAGUGCUUUGAAUAGUUGCUAGCACUUUCAGAGUGCUUUAAUGUUUGCAAAGCACUCUACAAAAAGUUUCUCAUUUUCCCCAUAAACAUCAUGUGGAACAGGUGUGAUGAUCCCCUUUUGUAGAAAAGACAGUUAAUACUCAGAGAAAUUGAAUGAUCUUCCCACAGUAACAAGAAAUGUAGAGACAGAGAUGGGACUAGAAUGUAGGACUGUGCCACCCUGACUCAAAUUUCAUAAGGAGUGUGUGUGUGUGUGAGAGAGAGAGAGAGAGAGAGAAAGAGAGAGAGAGAGAGACUGCACUACAUGAUUUUGGACAGGCUAAGAGGCUCUAUUUGUUUUUUCCAAAUAAAAAUCAGAAAGUCCAAAAAAUAAAAUAAAAUAGUGGAAUAGAGGAAAUACUGGAGGUGUUUGCAAGCACUCAGACUUUCUUUGAAUUUCAUAAAUGUUUCUGCAUUCAGUCUGAAGUUUGAGGCAGAUAUUAUUUUCAUUAAUCCAGUUUAUACACUUAACUUGCAGAGAAAUAUAGAAUAAUAGAUAAGUUUUGCUGCCAUGAUCCAAAGAAUCACAGGGCAACAGAUAAUUCACCAUUUUCCUUAUUUUGGGGGCCUUAUAAUUUACCACUCUUACUUAGCAUGAAGAUGAAACCAAGACCUUCUCCCAUUUUCUUCCUCCCUCCACACACAGUGUAACACUGACCCAAACACCUGUCUUUCUCACAGACAUUUUUUCUGAAUAAAUAAAAAAGCUUUCCUGUUAAUCGUCCAAACAACAAAAGCAGCUGUUUUAGUAAUACAUAAAAGAGAAAAUUUUGUUUUUAUAGGGCCUCUACUGAGCUCUUAUUAAAAGAAUUACUUCAGAGAAAGUUAAUAGAAUAAGCCAAUCCACUCUUUAUCUAAACUAAGGUUAAAGAUUGCUUCUCACAGUUCUGUCCUAUUCUCAGAUUAAUGUCUAAGUGGCAUUUAUCAUUAGAAAUAGACAUGAUUCCAAAGGAUAACUUUAUGAUUGCAUAGAUUUAGUCUGUACUGGUAGUAGAAGGAGCAACAAAUAACUGUUGAGCAAGGAAAGAAAACAUUCAUCAACAAGAUAGUUUAUAUUUAGGAAAGUAGAUUUCUUUUUCCUUUUUCCCUUUAAUGCACUCACUUUGUUGAUGAUGCAUUUCAAAAAAAGUCUACAGUUCAUUUCACUAAUAUAUAGUUUUAGAAUUUGAAAAUAUAGGCUUAAAAACAAUCUGAGGAAGAGGCUAAUAAUAAAGUCCAUUUUUUUUGUAUUGGUCUUUUAGUUUAGGUUACACAGAAUACAAUUCCUUCAAAGAAAGUGAAACUAACAAAGUAACUAGGCCAGCAAAUACCACUUUUACAGAGAAAAAUAAUUAUUUGCUCUCUGUAAAUCUUAAUUGGAGUACAAUUAUUUUUCCUUAAUUUUUCUUUUGGUUAUCCUCCUAGGGAAUCUAAAACUAAUGGGCCAUGUGCUUUAGCAAAUUCUGAAGCAGUUUUCUUUUUUCUUUUUCUCUACUUCUUUUUCUUAAGAGAAUAAAAGUUUUAAAAUCUAGGAAUUUAAUACUGACUACAGUGGACACUGAAUUCACAUGAAAAUGUCUGAUCAUUUCCCAUUUAUUACACUAAUGAUUUAAACUUUCCAUUUUACAGUUGAGCCAAUAGUGUCAUCAACAGAUGCUUCUUUCCACAACAGCACUUGCUGCUGGGCAGAAAAGGAUUUUCUAAGAAAUAGUUUGAGGAUGAGCUGUGAAAGAAAGAAAAAAAACUUUUCCUUCCAAAAACCAGGCAACCAAAAUUGACAGGUCUCUGGGUCAUAGAAUUGUAGAUAGUUAUUAAGAAGGGAGACUGGGAUUUGCACUAUACACACAACAGUAUAUUUCAAAUAUUUUGUCCCUGUGUUCAUUAAAUCCUAAUGCAGGAAAUUCAGGAAAGAAAAAAAAAAGCAAAAAUAUACUUUAAAAACUUCAAGGCAAUCAUUGAGACUUUAUAAUUUGAUCUUAAAUGAGUAGAUUCCAGAGUUCUGAGGGAUUUGAGUCACUUCAGGUUUACCUUUCCUUCUAUAAAUUCAUAACCUGUUUUUCAACAUCACCUUAAUUCAACAAAUAUUUAUUAACUAUGGACUGUAUGCAAGAUACUGUAUUAGGCUAUGGGCACACAAAAAUGAAAAUGAGUUUGGUUUUUAGCAGUUGAAAUUUCAGUGUCCCUAGCAAUAUAAAAGCAAAGAGAAUCCUAUGAAAAUAGAAUUACUUGAGUGGAUUCCCAAAUGCCAGUUGUCAGACUUAUCCAAAUACUUUAUCCAUGAGAGAUGACCUCACUUACAGCCAGUGUUGUAUUAUAUGGGUGAGAUAAUCUUGUGUUUCUGUAACUGAAGAUAUCCCUCAGUCUAUCAAAACCUACUACAGAAAUGUUUAGAAUCAAAGUACUCCCCUAAAUUUGCUUUUUACAUAACUCUAAAGAAGAGAAUAAAUGCAAGUGAUGUUUUUACUUCCCUGUACCAUAUACAUCAAGAAGACCGAAGUAAGUUGGUAACUUAAAUUUGAUCCGCGAUUUAGUUGUAUGCCAUAAAGGAUUUAAAGAGUUGCCCAAACUCAGAAGCUGUUAGAAAACAAAGCCAAUCUCUCUAAUUGUACUCUUCCUUGGGUAGACCUCAUGAAGGAGUCAGGCUUGUCAAAUUUGUUCACCAGAUUCCUAAGGAUUUAGGCAAAAUUGUUCUAGUUUCACUACUCCUAUUUAUUCAAAUCACAACCACCCUUGAAUGACCUAGUGAGGUAGAAAUCACGAGGCAGUUGGCAUACAUGUAAUCUACAUUAAUCUGCGCAUCAUUAUUGGAGUUUGAGUUUCUGAAGUGGUUCAAAAUCAUGUCAUUUAGCAAUCCACAUUUUGCCAAGCAAAAGCAGAAAACAAGACAAUAUGGAAGUCAUCGGUUCUGUGGUACUUGGGUUCUGUUCUGUUGGACUAGAUAACUACAUUGCUUGCAAACAACUUCCUAAUUCCCUUUAGAUCACAACAUAUUCUUGUGUGCAUUCAUAUAUAUGUAUUUGUGUAUAUGUAUAUGCACACAGACUUGGAUGAAAUAUUUAGUCUUUCAGUCAACAGGUUCUUAUUAAGAACCUACUAUGUGACAGGCACUGCACUAAGCACUGGGCAUGUGGACACAGAAAAAUUCCUAUGCUCAGGGAGCUUCUAUUUUUACUGGGGGGUUUCAGAAAUGGGCUAUUGAAGGCUAUUAAUCUCAAAACUAUUCUCCAAAAUCACUGAAUAUUUAUUCCAUGUCCCCCAUUCAAGCUAAUUCUUGCUUGGGUGAGCCCUGGAAGAAGUCCUAGUACACUGCAGAUUAAUUUUAAUUUAAUAAUCUAAUCUCAUAUUUAAUAGUAGUUUUUUUCUUAUGAUUUUAUGUUGGUAACAUUGAACUAUUUAUAACAAGCUUCAAACUGUUACCCAGAAAAGAGGCCUUGAGAAUCUGUGUGUGUGUGUGUGUGUGUGUGUGUGUGUGUGUGUGUGUGUGUGUGUGUGGGUACAUCUAUGUUCAUGUAGAAAGACAGGAAGAAAAGGUGACUAGGGAAAAAAAUCUAAAAGGAGGGAUGAAAUAGGAGAAUGAUCAAGAGAGAGAAUCUGACUAUCUGUGUACUUAUCUGUUAGGUAAGGUGGCUGCUGUCUCUUGUCAUUGAGGAAGAAUUGAUUGCACUAUUCAGAAUCCGAUCAGAAUUGUCACUGUUAAGCUUAGAGCUGUUUUGGGAACCGGGGGGCUUUGUCUUUUUUCUGUGUUCAUGCCCCUUUGUGUGGGAUCUCCUUGGCAUGAUGAAUAGCAAAACCACUACUGACCUUUGUAUUUCAUGUCUAAUUUCCCUCUGGCACCCCUGGUUUCAACUUGACUGCUUCCCUUUCCUUUCUGCCCAUGGGCUUCAUGUAGAAUGGUACUAGUGAUGUACGUUAGCCAUGACUAUUCUCCUGUGAGCAGAAACAGACAGGGCCAUGAAAGAGACAACCCAAAGCAUAUUGGGUGAAGCCUGAGUAUCCAUCCUUUGUUGGCACUGGUAUCCUUGAGUAAGAGCUGUUUGGGGCUGUGCUUUUGGUCUGGGAUAGAGUGUUUUAUUUUUGCACUAAGCGUGACUGCACUGCAUUGCACUACUGAAAUGUAAAUGUGCCAGGAAAGGAAGGGAGGACAGGGACUCGAGAAGGAAAGAGGGAAGAGAAAAUGGAAGCAAGAUAGGAAAAUGGAAGUAUGUCACAAAGACCAUGGACCAUUUCCAUUGUGCCUGGUUCUAGGAAGGUUGAAAGAUUAAUCUGUCAAGCCUUGAUUGCCAGUUGAUCAGACUCGGACAGAACCUCAGUGACAUGACCCCCCAUUUUUCAAGCAAGUUCUAUCAUGCUAAUGGAAAUCAUCCAAAUGAAAGGGAUUUCAAAGUUUCCCAAAUCUCCCCCCCCACCCCGCAAAUUAAGCUUUUGCUAAAGGCUGAGAUGGGCCAAAGGGAGCUAAAAUGUGAAAUUGAAAAUCCCAAAUUUAGACUGUACCACAAAGUCACUUCCCCAGUGCACAUUCCAAUGGGGGCAGAGAAGAGUAAUCUGUUAUCCCUAAAGGCAAAUGCCCAUUCUGUUGAUGCACUAUGCCUAAGCAUACUCCCUUUGCCUCAUGGUAAAACCAUAGAUUAGGCUAACCAAAGAGGAAGGCCAUGCAUGUAGUGAAGUAUUUCUUUAAAUGGACAGUGAAGGGAAUGGUGCAAUAAACACUGAAAAUAAGUGUUAUGAACAGUUUAUUUGGAGAAGAACUAAGCAAAUUUUGUCUGAUAUUGGGGGGUGAGGAGGGUAGGAAGGAGGAAGGGACAGAAUGGAAACUUUACUGGCUGCCUCAACAGAGAAUGUUAUUAAAUAAACUAAACAAAAGAAAAUUAGCAAUGCCUAAAUGGGGUUUCUUGACUUUAAAACAAAACAAAUCACAGAAGUCAUCAGAAUCUGGCAGAUAGUCAGGGCAUGUGGACCCCAGGAAGUGGGCAUAAUUAUUUCAAGGGUAGCAGAAAAAGAAUGUAGGUGAUGAAAUAAUACAGUAGAAUCCAAGGACUGAUGUUUGCAGAACAGCAAGAGAAUGAUCCACACUAUUUAAAUGGUGGCUUUGUUGAACUAUUAUGAGAAAUGUUCUUUGUUGAAGAUUUCUAACUGGAAACCUUUCUCUAGUAUGGCCUCUCUUUCCCCAAAUUGCAGAAAUGGGUUCUUGUACUUCCCUGCUUCAGCUGAUACAUACAUGUCUUUUACCUUCUGCAGAAAAAAAGGUGUGAAUGUUUCUAGUUUUCUUAAACACACACACACUCACACUCACACUCACACUCACACACACACACAGAGAGAAAAAAACAGAGAAGCAAAUAUCCCUCCAGAGGAUAAUGCAAAAGCCAAGUAUUCCAAGCAUUAGGCUUAUCUCCAUUUCAAGUCCAAAAACUUGGACUCUUAACAGGCAUGUAGGAAAACGUCUGUUGGGUGAGCUUUAAGAAUGGUGAGAAUAAAACUGUACAAAGAAAUAAACUGACCUUUUUUAUCUAUACACAUUAGUUAACUUAGUCUACUUAAGUCUUUUGGAAAACAGCUUCUUCCAUAGCUGGGGUAUAUCUACUCCAGUUCUGCAAUGCACAGCUUUCAGUCACCAAAUAUCUGAAUUUCCAUAGGCCAAGCCAAAAAUAAUUUUUUCAAAGAAUCUUAAUGUGAUAGUUUCAAAAGAUGCAUUUUGGUAGUCCAGAAAUCACACUUCACUUUUCAUCCUGGUUCCCCCCUCACCCCACCCUCCAAUGUCAUUAAGGAAAAAAAUCUGAUCCAAGGAGCCACUGAACUGCCUUCUUAACUUUUUAGGCAGGUCAGAAGCAAAACCUCGACAAAGAAACAUCCCCAUAAACCCUCCUCUUCCAACAGAAGCAUUAAGUAGAGACUAAUGGUCAUGUCCAUGAAAAAGGGCCACUUAGUUCUUUUGAAAUGUAUGAAAACGAUAAUGAGCAAGUACAGUCACGGUUAUUGGGCUGUAUUGUUAAGAGCAGUCACCGAUGGAAGAGAGGAUGUUAACAGUCAAAUUUUCCAUUGGCUACUGAGUUCAUUUAUUCACAGAACCAGUUGUGUUGACUAUUUUUUUUUAAUUUCCACUCUUUUGGGGAAGUAGGUAAAAAUGUCCUUUCCUACAGCAUCAAAAACACUUGGAGGAUGAUAUGGACCUGCUGUGAUAGUGCCUUUUCUGUUGUGGUGAAUACUAGAAUUGUAACUUUGUUUGCUUAGCCUCAUUUGGACUGUUGGAGGUUUGAGAGGAUAACCUCAAGCUCGAUGAGGAUGUAGGCUACUGCUCCUGAAAAGCUGUGAUUAGAUGACACUUGCACUAGAUUCUGAUAUGUGUUGCCCCCUAGAGUACGUGAAUGAGAGAAAAACCAAGAAUAAUUUGAUGUGACAAUAAGAAGCCAAAAGGAGUAUUAAUGACUGAUGCCACUUAUUUUUUGACCUUUAUUCCUGGAAAAAGAAACACACAAUGGCCCCUUUUCACUGUGGCUUCUUCCCCACACUAAAAGGCCACAUUGAACAUCAUCCAGGGAUAGUAAUGUAAUAGGGACUUCACCUAUCCUUAUUGCCCAAGCUCUGUGAUUCUUUUUAUUCUCAGUUGUUGGCAGCCUCAAGGACAGGCCAUGAGUUGACAUUCCCUUCCCUGAGCUGCCUAGCACCUCAGUAGCCCAACAGUGAGCUACUGCCAGGGUGGUUUGGUUUGGUUUAAUUUCUUUUACUCCAUAAGUUCUUUUGAUGACUUAGCUCAGAAAAGGGGAAGAUGGUCCUCUAGGUGACACUGUGAAAGAUGCAUGCAGGCAGUAGGAAACCAGCCUAUUGAAACAAACAAGUGGUCAGGUGCCAAAAGUGUGUCUGCUUCCUUCUGUCUCCUCACUUUCCUCCCCCUUCCCACCUCCACUCCAGAUUAGAGGAGGUCAUCUUGCAUGCUUUCCCAAAUAACUUCUUUGGUUUCUCUUAAGGAGUGGGCUGGGGAAGUCCUCCGAAAACUGAGACAGGUAUCAUCAGCAUCUCCCUCUGACUGGCUGGUCUCUUGCAUACUUGCCCAGGUGGCCUUGACCGGUCAUUUGGGAAAACCUGGAAGCUUUUGCUGGACAAAAUUGCCUGUCCAUUUGUAUGAUCUUGCUUCACGCUCCCCAGUUGAAUUGAAAUGAUGCUGUCAGGAGGUGGACCCAUUUGAACCCUAAGCAAUUAUGCAUUAUUAUUGGAUGCUGCAGUCCCAAGGCUUGGUAUGUCAGGAGUUUGUAUUAUCUAAAAGCAUCUUUUUUUUCUGCAUCUCUUUCUUUCAGUUCACUCUGUUGCCCUGAUUAUGAUUUUUAUUAUAUUUUUUAUUUUUGUAGUAGAUUACAUUUUAUGUCUAUGUUAGUAGUAUCUCUAUCUCUCUCUUUUCCCAUGGAUACUGUACUAACCUAUUACUUAAAUAUCAUUUUGUUUUCUUAAUAUGUAAUUCUACUGUAGACCAAAAAAUAUGAAGACAAAAUUUGUUUCAGAUUAAGGAUAUUAAAAAAAUCUAGUGAGUAAAAGAUAGAGUUGAAGGAAAAGUCAAGAAAAGCAGUGGUUAAUCAUGUUAAGUUAGUAAUCGAAGAGUAGCCUUACCAAUUUCUUAACCAAUGCUUAUCAAUCAUACAGUAGUAGUUAGUAUUUUAUUGUUCUCAGCGCAUUCACGCCUGUAUCUUUUUAUCCUGGUUUGUUUGUUUUGUUUUUCUUUGAUGUUCAUGAAGUUGCACGUUGUGUUGUUGACAAUGCCCGAUUUUUAUUGUAUUGUACUUUUAUUGGUCAUUUCCUUUGGAAGGAUGGGGAAAAUACGUUGUUUUUUUAAUUAAUUUUUUAAAAUGCACUGGAAAUAAAAUUGGACACACUUCACUGUUUGAAAAGCAAAACAAAACAAAAACAUGAGGUUUGGGGAAAAAUAGCAACUAAUAAGCAACAGGAGAACAGGCUAAGAGAAAUCCCGUCUCUGUUGUAUUGAACAUGCAGACAAAAAUAAAAACCAAUAAAUAAAAGAAAAGAAGAAACAGUUGUCAGCCACAACAAAGAAAAGAAAAUCAGCAGAGCCUGGGUAUGGUUGACUUCAGAACCAGUUGGGAUGGGAAGGAGCAGAAAGAAUAGAGCCAUUGAGUCUCUUCACUCAACCUGAAUAUUUUGAUAUCUUCAACAAAGUCGUGCACAUAUACCUUCCCUUCCUUAUAAUCCUGUCUGACAUUUCAGCUUCCUACUUCUCCCUUACGAAUGAUUCCCAGUUGGUAGUGAUUUAAAACUUUAACAUGGGAAGGAAGCCAUCAUAAAAUGAUCACUGGGUCAUAUCUGCCAGUGCUGGAGAAUGUGUUGGAACCCAUUUGGUCUCCCUUUUUUAUGGUCCUGAGAUACCAAUUGAGCCAUUUAACUCCAUUUAAAUGAAUAGCAAAGAAAAAAAAAAGGUAAUUAUCAUUUCUACCAGAAAGGUGAAAUUUCAGUACCACACUAGGAUUUUUCUUAGCCUGUUGGCUUUCAUUUGCUUCAUGUUUGCUGGGUUUUUUUUAAGGGUAGGGGUGUGAGUGGAUGUAAUUUCACAAUCCUAAUACAGUAAUUGUUUUGCAUCUUCCAUGUUUUAUGCAAAAACAGACAUUUAAAUCAAUAAAUAAUUGUGCCCUAGACUGAAAGGUAAUGUUUAGGAAAGGAAAAAAAAUUGUUGGGAUUUUUUCUACAUUUUUUUGUGAAGAAUCUUUUUUGGAAAGGAAGGAUACAUAUUUUUGUUGUGUGAUAUUUUCUAUUUUUGAAUGCAUUUUAUUGGUACAAGACUGUUUUUUUGGUGAAGACAUUAUUUAAAAAAAAAAGAAAAAAAACUUAAUCGAAAAGUUUGCCCUUAAGGAUAUGCUGCAGUUUUGAGGUUUAAAAAAAACUGAUUCAAGAUGCGUGUUAAAGUUGGGAUUAUAUUGUUGUUUUUUGUAAUUGUUACAAGAAGAAGUUUGUACCCACUGCUGUUUAUUUUGUUUCAGAUGAGUAAGUAAAGGGAUUGUUCUUGUUUUAUUCUUUUUUUAAAAAAAAAAGCUAUUUAUGAAAUGUCAAAAACACUGGACUGUGAGUUUAAGUGUGGAAGCAUUUUACCACCCUGUGUCUUCAACUAAUUGUUGCACCCCCUUUUUCUCUUCCCCCCACCUCAGCCUUGCCAAAUGAAAGAAAUACAACAGUUGUCAGAGAAGCAAAGCCACCAGCCUGGGUGGGAGGGCUUGAGGGUGGGGAGGCACGAUGUUGGCUUUAACAUUUCAUGGUUUGAAAAAAGUUGAAAAAAAAAAAACCAAAGGCAAAGUUGUUUUUGAAAUCCUCUUGUCCAUAGCUCUUUUUUUUGGUACAGUACAUCCUCACCUCUCCACCUUACCAUACAAUACUCCACCCAGAGAGCACCAGAGAAUGGGGGAAAGAUGUCCUGCAGCGAUUGAGCGGUCAUCCCAUAGCCAAGCAACACAAACUCUGCCAAGUGUGGGGGACCUGAGAGCUGAGGUCUCAUAAAGCUGUCUGUAAAUGAAAUCUCAGUUCCUCAGGGCCCGGACCAGACUUUAUCUCAAAGAAGUUCACCAAUUUGAAGCCAUCCAUGAACCUCACCCCUCUGUAGCCCCAUCCCCAAGACCCUUUGGCCAUCAUUGCUCUCCAGGAAGUCUUUGUUUCCUCUUUCUUCCUGGCCUUUCUCACAUUUCUUGGACGAGGAGAGACUCGGACGGAAGAACCAGAAUGAUAGGAUGUGAACAGCAGCCAUCGGGGAAACAAGGGAACGGGGUGAUCCAAGGAAUCCCCCUGUGAAGGAGGGCUGCCUGCUCUGCCUGGUGAUGGCCAUGGCAAGGCCAAGAGAUCCUAUCUUUGGCAGGCUCUGUGGAUGGUCAAUUAACUUAUUCACUGUGAAGGUGGAGAGUUUAGAGGUUGUUUUUGAUAGCUUUUCCCUAUUUUUUUCAACUUUGAAAAAGUAAUUUAAAAAAAAAGAGUAAAACUGUGAUAUUUUUAGAAGUCAUUUGGAUGGAGGGAAGAGAAAAAGGGAAUAUUAAGAAUUGUAACAUAACAAACUGGAGAUAUUAAACUGGGACACUUUCUAGACUAAGAUAAACCAAUUCCAUUCUGGACCCAAAAGCAGCCAAAUCUUGAGACUGUCAAAUUGACAGAAAGCUGAAAAGUGGCCUUCAUUUUCUCCUCUCUCCUUCUUUUUCUCCUUCCGAAUGUUUACUUUUAUUCUCUUUUUUCUUACUAUUCCAGUUGGGUGACGGCUCCAAAGAGUACUUUUCACAAUACUCUGAACCCUGUGAGUGCAUACACACACACACACACACACACACACACACACACACACACACACACGCACACACACACCCCACGUCUGCUUUUGCUUAAUAGAUAGGGACUUCUCUUAGGACUGAAUAAAAUCACGUGCCUUCUUUUUUUCCUUAAUAGCGAGACUAACUUCUUCCUCCCUGAUUUAUAUAAAACAGAGGGUACAGUUCAGAUGUUAGUCCUGGGCUCUAGGAUUAUUUGAGAAGGAUUUUCCAUUUAGUCCUUCCCCCACCCAUCACACACAGGCACCCGCUCUUACAGAGAUAUCUCUCUCCUACACGAAAGUCCUUGCGCUUUUUCUAGUUGUUUCUUGUUUUGUUUUUUGUUUCUCUCUCUUUCCUCCAGUCACUUAGUAAGCACCCUGUGGCAUCGCUUUAGUUGUUGUGAGAUCACGCCAUGGACAGUUUCCCUGAAAAUUCUUAUCCAGACCACGACACCCCACUAAGCUGGCAAUCCCGCCUCUCAAAAUGUAUUCCAUGCUAUUUUUUUCCUGUUCCUUUCACACUUCUGUUCACCGGGCACCAGCUGUUUUAAGGCCUGCCUAUUGGAGCAGUGCAAAGAAAGAAGGUUGCAGUAGGUUUUGUCUAAUCUUCGACUACGCUCAUCGUAACGCGUGCCCCCAGGACGUCCAUCGGGCCAUUUGUAGCGUCUGCACCUGCCAGGCUUUCUAUCUGCUGGACGUGAGGGUAGCCUGGUGUUAGUGCACGGCCUUUCCUUGAAUGAUGGGCGAGAGUCCCUGCGUGGAGCGCAGUUUCUGCUUAGAAAAGACUCGUGUUCACACUUUAGGGAAGACGGAUCGUUCUCUUCCUUGUGAGAACUGGCCUGACAGGCCGACUGUCCUAGAGCUGAAACGUGUGGACACCCCCUAGACAAAAGGCCCAAGGGUUGAUCUCAGUAUUAUUCGCAGGGUGAGCCCACUUGUGUCCCCUUUCCCCCACGAGAGUGGACAGGAGAGAGAUGGAGCGCUCACUCCGGGCCCCAGCAGACCUUUUCCCUCUCUCCCUCUUGGCCCACAGGACACCCCUCCGGUUCCUGGCCUUUGGAAUCAUGACUUCAGUUUUUCCCAUCCGUCCGUCCCAGCAGUUCCUAGACCCAGUCACGCUCUCUUGAUAAUCAUGUGCCGGUGCAAAGCAAAGUCCUCAAACUGCCCAUCUUUCGCUGCAAAGGGGAAAGAGCGUGAGCCGCCUUCUUUUGGCCACACACCACAAAUCAUUUAGUCUUUUUGGGCAUGUCUGGCCACCAGGGAACAUGUCACAUGAAAUGUCCACUUCAGAGAAUCUUAGCAUUUUGCAGGGGGGAGUGAGCAGUGCAAGCAGCCGCAUACUCCCUGCGGGGCACGCUGUGGGACACGCGCGCGUGGGUGUGUGUCUGCAUUUAGGGUGCACUUCUAAAGGUCUUUGGUGCUGAAGGACCUCCGUUUCCUUUUAGAGACUGCAUUUGACACAUUUCAAAUACACACAAAAAUAUGGUAUCAAUGCAAUAUGAGAGAGGCUCCAUGGAAUGGAGUUUUGCAUCUUUUUGUAACAUUUUGAUUUCUCUGGUGCCUUAUUCCUCCCAGAUGCCGGCACUCACAUAUACAUGGGGAAAGAACACACAGGAAGCGUGUGAGGUAGGGAGCCUUGCGGGGCCCUAGGGAAGACGCCGGCCAGGGAAGGCCAAGGAAGACUUUGUUAGCCUCAGCUAGGAGGAGAAUGUACACCCACUCGGAAAGUAAGAGCUAAGCUUCCCAAACAGAAACCUCCUAGGAAAAUCCUCUUUUCCUCACCUGCACUCUCUUCCCUCCCUUCUCAGUCUUUCUGCCAAGGUGCUGCGAGGUUCCAGGAGUCCAGAUGGCCCAGUGGCAGCCUCCACCCCGAGCCCAGGCCCAGGCCUGGCACUGCCACCUCUGCCACCGGCAUUAGAAGACACAAGCCGCUCGUGCUUGGGAGCCUGUGGCAGGCGGGAUCUCACACCCAAAAUGUUUUCCAAGGGAUCGGUGGAUCCCAGUUAUUUUGCGUUAGAUGCACUUUAAACCAACACAAAAGCAAAACUCCAGACUGUUUAAAAUACACAGGGGAGGGGAAGAGAAGGAGAAGAGAAAUGUGUGCUCGUGUCUGAACCCAGUUCAGUUUAUCUCCAGUUCAAACAAUAUAUUCACUAGAUCCUGGAUGAAUAUGUACACACUUCCUCCAGAGACCCACAUGUAGAGUGUGUAGAUGUUGCACAUACGUACGUGUUUAUUGGUGCAUAUAUAUGUCCAUAUGCACAUUUCAGACCCAGAUACUACACAGACAGCAGCAGAGGAAACAAGGUUGGACUCUUGAAACAGAUCACAAAAAAAAAAAACAGCCACUUGCAGUGACUUUGGUCAUUUCUGUAUGUUCACAAGGAAUGGAUUGUCAUGGAAAAAGGAAAAAAAAAAAGGAACAGCAUUAUGGAAAGCAUGGGCGAAACCAUCUUGGUCCAAUGGGAAUGCAGUAAAGUUCUAGACCAUUUCAUCAGUUCUCACUUUCAUUUUUACUUUCAGUUUUGAAAAAUUGGUUCUUUAAGGGGGAAAAUAUUCACAUACGGUAAAUCUAGAGGAACCCCAACAGACAAAAAACCAACUCCAGCGAAAGCCCUUAUCUGUGGAAGAUGUCAGAAAUCUCAAAACUCUUGGCCUGGCUCAGAACUACCACGUGCAAACCAAUACUCUUUAAUGUUCGAAAUGAAAAGUGAAACAAAAUACUUUUUGAAGCACCUUAACGUGGCCAUCCAUUCCAGGAGUGGGCGCCACAUUUUUCUUUGAGCACCUUACUGACGUGUUACGCUAUCUGCUGUCUUUCUGUUACCUGUUGGCCGAGCGGCUGGCUCUCCACAGCACGCGUGCUCCGGCCGCAGGGCCGGACGUGCGUCCGUCACGAAGCUCACGGUGGUAACUGCUGAAAGGUGGCCCUGUUUCCUGAUUGUCCCCACCACGGCCUUGUGAUAGGAUUCGGAGAAACCCCCUUCCCUGCACAGAAGUGUUUCUUAUCACGCCGCAUCUUGUCAUGGAAAGGAAUUUGGUCCCUUUUUAGCAAUUGCUACCGUGCACACACACACACACACACACACACACACCACAUACGCUGAGGCCCAUUUGUAUGUCUCGUGCAAAAUUGAAGAGUGGUUUUGCGCCCAUCCACCUUCACAUACACAUCCCAGGGGUGUAUUCAGUGUCCGUGUGGCUGUCAACGUUUCUGCAGCUUCCUUCCCAGAGCGUUAUUUAAUGAGCCUCCGUCUUUUCAGCAGGAGAUGGAAGGGACCUUUGGGAAAGAAUCGGGAGAGAGCUUGGACCCCAGAGCUUUCAGAUCCUUCGCAGGCCAGGGAAAGGGAGGGAAGACUGCUUUUUCCAGUCCGUGUACACCUGUACACAAACAACACACACACAUCCAUCCAUAAAUAUGUACGUGGUUUGGGAUGAGAAGGUCAAUAGUUUUGAGGGGGAGUUUGUUCCUUUUUUUUCUCUCAUUAUAUUCUUAAAUGGUUGUCAGUUAUCAAAACAAACAAACAAACAAACAGCAAAUUUUUUUUAAGAAAUCUUGCAUACGCCUUUUCUAUCAAGUGCUUUAAAAUAUAGAAUAAAUACACACAUCCUGCCAGUUUUUUCUUACAGUGACAGUAUCCUUACCUGCCAUUUAAUAUUAGCCUCGUAUUUUUCUCACAUAUAUUUACCUGUGACUUGUAUUUGUUAUUUAAACAGGAAAAAAGUCAAAAAAAAAAAAGAAAAAUUAACUGUAGCGCUUCAUUAUACUAUUAUAUUAUUAUUAUUAUUGUGACAUUUUGGAAUACUGUGAAGUUUUAUCUCUUGCAUAUACUUUAUACGGAAGUAUUACGCCUUAAAAAUACGGAAAUAAAUUUUACAAGGUUUCUGUUUUGUGUGGAAGAGUAAUUGAUGUUGCUAAGAAUGAUGUUUGUUUUUUUGGGUUUUUUGUUGUUGUUUUUUUAAAUGUUACCAGCACUUUUUUUGUAAGUUUCACUUUCCGAGGUAUUGUACAAGUUCACACUGUUUGUGAAGUUUGAAUAUGAAGGAAUAAUUAAAAAAAAAACCUCUUUCCCUGGU